AUUUUUGUAGAAGGAAAUAAGAUUAAUGAUCCUGAUGCAUAGUAGGAGAAACUUUUGCUCUUCUAUACAUAGGUUUAUUUCCCAGUGAUAGCCUUGACUGUGGCAAAGUGCAGAAGAAGAAGACACUGUCGCAGAAUAUUAUCAACAACAAGUUGAAAUGCUCGAGGGAUUUAGCGAAAUGGAUUCCUUAGCAGACAAUGGUUCUGUGCCCGGAAUGUCAAAGGAAGAGCGAGAAAAAUUGGCCAAAAGUGAGACAACUGCCAUUAGGAUAUCAAAUAUUGCAAACAUGAUUCUCUUUGCUGCUAAGGUUUAUGCAUCAGUUAGGAGUGGUUCAUUGGCAAUUGUAGCAUCAACAUUAGACUCGCUCCUUGAUUUAUUAUCUGGUUUUAUAUUGUGGUUUACGGCUUUCUCCAUGAAGAGGCAAAACCCAUAUAAAUAUCCUAUUGGAAAGAAACGUAUGCAGCCCUUGGAGCAUAAUUUGAAGCUUACAAAGGAUCAGGAGUUCUGGGUAGUUGGCAUUAUGGUUUUUGUCACUCUUGUGAAACUAGUUUUGGUGUUAUAUUGUCGAUCCUUUACCAACGAGAUUGUCAAAGCAUAUGCACAAGACCACUUUUUCGAUGUCAUUACCAACAUCAUCAGCCUGUUUGCUGUAUUACUUGCCAACUAUGUCCGUAGCUGGAUGGACCCUGUUGGAGCCAUCAUUCUGGCCUUAUACACCAUCCGAACAUGGUCACUGAUGGUGCUGGAGAAUGUGAAUUCCCUGGUUGGCAAGUCAGCCCCGCCGGAAUAUUUGCAGAAAGUGACAUACCUAUGUUGGAACCACCACAAAUCCAUAAGGCACAUAGACACUGUCAGGGCAUACACCUUUGGUUCGAGCUACUUUGUCGAAGUUGACAUUGUCUUGCCUGCAAACAUGACCUUGGAAGAGGCACAUGACAUUGGAGAGUCCUUACAAGAGAAACUCGAACAGUUGCCUGAUAUCGAGCGUGCCUUUGUCCAUCUUGAUUAUGAGUUUAGCCACAAACCGGAGCACGCCCACGCCAAUCUCUAGUGUAAAGAAAUCCUUCAACCUUCUUCUAGCUACUUUCUUAUAUUAGCUCUCUCUCCCUAAGUCUAUGUUUGUCAGGUUAAAGAUCCCUUUUAGUAAUUUCACUGUAGGAUAAAAAAUGUCUUGACCUCUGGAAAUAACAUUACAGUUGAUGCAGUAAUUAAUGGGAAAUUAGAAAGCUAUUCGCCAACCCAGUCUUCAGAAUGUACACAUAAAGCUUCAUUUAUGGU